CACGAGCGGGUGGUGGUUCUGCCGGUCAGGAUUGUGGCCAACUGCUAUUUUGCCAUCCGCUUUCCUCUUCGCACCCCUCGUCCGCUUUCCCCUGUGUGCGUCACUCGGACACUUCCUCAGUUUACUGCCGGUCUUUCCAGCUCCUCCAGGGAAAAAUAAUACCAACCUGUGAAUACCACCAAAAACCACAGGGUCUGUGACUCGAGGUUCCACUCGGCUCCCUUGACCCUCGGAAUCCUUCAUCCUUUCUCCCUCUGCCACCGACUCCUUCCGCAAUGGGUCGAAAGCCGAAUCAGUUGAUCCUCGAGUUCUUCAUUCGCGGCCAGAAGCUCGAGGACGCCAGUAAUCGCUACCAACACACCUGCAAAGCCUGCGGCGAGAAAUUCCCCAAAGGUCGCAUCGACAGUCUGACCAACCAUCUCGUCAAGAAGUGUCAAGCCAUUCCCCUGCGCGAUCGGCAACGCGUCUUGUUGCGCCUACACGAACUUCCCGACCUCGCCGACGGGGAACAAAACAAAGACGGGACGGCCCAGAACAAAGGCAAAUCGGUGGAUCUGCCCUUCGCAGCAGCCACAGCAGCCGCUCGUCAAAAUUUUGACGGGCUUAACGUGCUGGCUGAGGCCUCGAGACAGGUGGGCGCCUCCGACCAGACCAAACGGGGCGGGCCCGCGUACACUCAGUCGUUGACGGUUGGAGGCAAGACGGUGGUCGUGGAUCCUGCCCUCGAGGCCGAGGGCUUCCAGGGUAAUCCGACUCAGCCAGAGACGGUUGAGGAGGAUGUGAAGCCACCCGGAACCCCUCAACAAGCUUCUAAUGACGACUCUCCUCUGCCUUCCCUCCCUAGUAGCUCUCCCGCUGAACCACAACCCUCCGCGUCUCCUGCAAUGGCGGAAGCGUCGCUCACAAACGACUCCGCGGUCAACGCGCGUCAGUCGCAGUUGUCCAUGAUCGCCGCUUCGGCUAGUGAAAUGGUCCCGCAUGGACUACCAAUGGACCAAGAUUCGAAUGUCGGGCUUCCUGAUGGUCUUCCCAAGCUGAGCCCGCCAUGGAACCAGCAGCUUUCCACCCAGGAACAGCUUCUUUUCGACAGCCUCCAUGAACAUGAUCCCACAUUGACCGCCGCUACCCAGCGCGCCGCAUCCUUCCCUCGUCCUAUCGCGAUGAACCCGAACUCUCAGGCCAAGGGCUUUGUGAACGAAUUUGGAAAUUCGACCAAGCCCACAAAGCCCAAAGUGCGCGGUCGGUUUUCCGCUGCACGGCGUCGUGAGGUGCAGGAGGUUAGAAAGCGGGGCGCUUGUAUCCGCUGUCGUAUGCUGAAGAAGCCGUGCUCCGGCGACAGUCCUUGCACCACCUGUGCCAGCGUUGAGAGCGCUCGCCUGUGGAAACACCCAUGUAUUCGUACUCGCAUCGCAGAGGAGUUUGAACUCUAUAACGCAAACUUGCACGCUACGCUGGCAUAUCAUGAUGUGAGCAGCAUCAGAAACCAAGUGAAAUUUGAGCAUUACGCUGGUCGUAUUGAGGUUACCCACUUUGAGGAGAGCUUGGUCUAUGUUACAUUCAGCGGGCAUCAUGGUCACAAGCCCUCCGCCUCGACGCUUGACCCCCAACUGCAAGGUCUUGGGGACGAGGCGCAAUUUCAGGGGCCUCUUUCUGAGCUUUAUUUGCUGGACAGCGAUACCGAUGAUUUGCCAGGCAAGAUUGAGAUGUACAUCAAGAAGACCGCACCGUUCUUCUAUGAGCGUGAGACCUCGGAGUUCAUGCGGCCCACUCUGAUGCUUGCCGCAGAGCUCAGUCAACAGAAGAAGGACAUGUUGUUGGAACGUGUGUUGGAGUUGUGGAUUGCCACUCAUAUUCUGGUGGAUUCGGAACUGCAGUGGAAGACGUACUGCAACCCAACUCUCCCGCCUACCUCGGUGCACUCUCUCGCACAGCCUUCCGAUGACGGUCGCACACCGAUCGACGAGGUGACGAACAACGAAUCGUAUGCUCUGUUGUGCAGCCAGUUGCGUGCGGCGACCGAGAAACGUGCGUCUCAGCUGAGCAAGUCGGUCAUGAAUGACCUCGAGCGACGGCUUCUGCAGCGCCAGCAGAGUGGCUGGUUUGAGACAUUCCUUGUAGCAAUCAUCCUGUUAAACUGUGUGGAAAGAACUUGCUGGUUGUUCCGCUCCUGGGACGAUGAGAACUUUUCCCAGCGUUGGCCCCUGGAUAAGCGCCCUCCAUACUAUGCCAGCCAGGGUGAUCGGUUUUCGGAUAUCCUGCACAUGCUUUUAAAGAUGCGCAGCUUACCGCCCAAGGCAACUCCGCGCCCCGAUACCGGGAUUCUCAAGGCGGUGGACGGUAGCGACGAGAAUGCAGCGCGUUGGUUCGACAUGAUCAAGAUUACCCCUCUCUUUCUCGAACAACGUCAAGCCACUGUCUUCGAUCCGGCUGACUCUCGUUCCCUCGACCUCCGCUAUGGAGCCAAACUCCUUCCUCCAUCCAACGUCUACACCUAGUCUUUUAUAGCUCUUGUCAUCUUGCUACCUCACACAUCUCUAGCUAUUUGAACCAAUCGUGUGUGUGUCAGUCUAUUGCCGUUGUCGCAGAAGAAUAGGUAUGAAGGAACUCAACUUGGCAAGAGAGAGGAAACAGCGGAACGACCCUGAUGAGAUAUUUAAACCAUCCCAACCUUUCCCUUAUCUUCCUGCCACCUUCACUACACAUUAAGCGGUUUCUAUAAUCACUUUCUUUCCCUGUC